GACCUUCCCAACAUGGCGGGGACCCGACGCGUGUGAAGGCGGAGCCUGAGGCGCCAAGGCCAAUGACUGACCGUGAGAGGCGUGGGGGCGGGGAAGAGCGCAGCCGCUGCCCAAUCCGAGGCCCGGGAGGCGGAUGGGGAGUGAAUUUUCUGGAAGGCGAUUUUAAAGGCGCCGGGCCAGAGCGAAGGGCGUUUCAGUGCCGCCGCCGCCGCCGCCGCCUGCGCCUGGAAGGGGGCGCGUUGGUGGCAGGAAGCGAGCUUUGCCGAGGUCGUCGCGGAACCAGCUGGUGACCUCGCAGGAUGAACCACAAGAGCAAGAAGCGGAUCCGCGAGGCCAAGCGGAGUGCGCGGCCGGAGCUGAAGGACUCGCUGGACUGGACCCGGCACAACUACUACGAGAGCUUCUCUCUGAACCCGGCGGCUGUGGCGGAUAAUGUGGAAAGGGCAGACGCGUUACAGCUAUCGGUGGAAGAAUUUGUGGAGCGAUAUGAAAGACCUUACAAGCCGGUGGUUCUGCUGAAUGCCCAGGAGGGCUGGUCUGCGCUAGAGAAGUGGACUCUGGAGCGCUUGAAAAGGAAGUACCGGAACCAGAAGUUCAAAUGUGGUGAGGAUAAUGACGGCUACUCGGUGAAGAUGAAGAUGAAAUACUACAUCGAGUAUAUGGAGAGCACUCGAGAUGACAGCCCCCUUUACAUCUUUGACAGCAGCUACGGCGAACAUCCCAAAAGACGAAAACUUUUGGAAGACUACAAGGUGCCCAAGUUUUUCACCGAUGACCUUUUCCAGUAUGCGGGGGAGAAGCGCAGGCCCCCUUACAGGUGGUUUGUAAUGGGGCCACCUCGCUCUGGAACCGGAAUUCACAUUGACCCUCUGGGAACCAGUGCCUGGAAUGCCUUAGUUCAGGGCAACAAGCGCUGGUGCCUGUUUCCUACCAGCACGCCCAGGGAACUCAUCAAGGUGACCCGCGAAGAAGGAGGGAACCAGCAAGAUGAAGCUAUUACCUGGUUUAAUAUCAUUUAUCCCCGGACACAGCUUCCAACCUGGCCACCUGAAUUCAAACCCCUGGAAAUCUUACAAAAACCAGGAGAGACUGUCUUUGUACCAGGAGGCUGGUGGCACGUUGUUCUCAAUCUUGACACCACCAUUGCCGUCACCCAGAAUUUUGCCAGCAACACCAACUUCCCUGUUGUAUGGCACAAGACGGUAAGAGGGCGACCAAAGUUAUCAAGGAAAUGGUACAGGAUCUUGAAGCAAGAGCACCCCGAGCUGGCGGUCCUGGCCGACUCCGUUGACCUUCAGGAAUCCACAGGGAUCGCCUCAGACAGUUCCAGUGACUCCUCCAGCUCGUCCAGUUCCAGCUCGUCCGACUCAGACUCAGAGUGCGAAUCAGGGUCUGAAGGUGACGGGACGAUGCACCGCAGGAAGAAGAGGAGGACGUGCAGCAUGAUGGGAAAUGGGGACACCACCUCCCAGGACGACUGUGUGAGCAAAGAGCGCAGCUCCUCCAGGUGACCAAGCACAGCGGUUGUCUGUGUAGGAGGACGUGCCCGCAGCGAAGGGGCAGGGCUCAGGGAGGGCAGCCUGUUGGAUCCUGCGGACAUGGGGAGGGCCGGCGAAAGCCAGAGUGAGGACGCUCCGGGGUACGAGUCCAUUCACUUAGCAUUUGCUGCAGUUGCUUUUCUCUCUGCUUCCAAUGCAAGUUAACGUGGCUUGUUUUAUGCAUAAAGGCGAAUCUGUCUGGAUGGUGCCAAGGAAACCCUUUACGUUAUUUAAUAAAAAUUGAACGACUUUUAUAGCUU